AUGGCCGCUGACACGGGAAUGGACACUUGCCCCAGUCCGGAGAUCACGGACUCCAGAAAGCGACCCCUCGAUGGCGACUCGGAAAAUGGGGACGUUAAGAGGUCCCACUUUAGCUCCGUUCAAGACUUGGUGACGGCCUUGCCACUGGCUAACGGCCAUGGCAAUAUAACGUCUCAUUUCGCCGUGGAGCCGACGUAUCACUUCAAAGUGUUGGUGCCGUCAAUGGUAGCCGGCGCCAUCAUCGGCAAAGGUGGGGAGACCAUCGCGCAACUACAGAAGGAAACCGGAGCGAGGGUCAAGAUGUCCAAAUCCCACGACUUUUAUCCAGGCACAACAGAACGAGCAUGCUUAAUCACUGGAUCAGUCGACGGCAUCAUGGUGGUGCUUGACUUUAUCAUGGAGAAGAUUAAGGAAAAGCCAGAGCUUGUAAAACCAUUCCCCGAGGGUGUGGACGCGAAGAUGCCACAGGAUAGGGAUAAGCAGGUGAAAAUCUUAGUACCGAAUUCAACAGCGGGCAUGAUCAUCGGCAAAGGCGGCAACUACAUAAAGCAGAUAAAGGAACAAAGUGGCAGCUACGUACAGAUCUCGCAGAAAGCCAAGGAGCUGUCACUACAAGAGAGGUGUAUCACUGUAGUCGGUGAGAAGGAGAACAACAAAAAGGCAUGCUUGAUGAUCCUACAGAAGGUAGUCGACGACCCGCAGUCGGGGUCGUGUCCGAACGUGUCGUACGCGGAUGUGGCGGGCCCUGUCGCCAACUACAACCCCACGGGCUCGCCGUACGCCGUGCCCACUACCGAGGUGACCGAGAGUCACGCCCUGGUGGGCGGGGGGUCGGUAGCGGGGGUGGGGGGUGUCGGGGGAGUGGGCGGAGUGGGGGGUGUGGGGUCGGUGCUCCUCAACGGCUCAGGGUUAGGGGCUCUGUCACUGUCGUUGUCGCUAGCGCCGCCCGGGACUCCGCCCCCGUCGCCUCUUACGCAACACACGUUGGAUCAUAUUAAGGUGGCGCUGCGGCAGGCCGGGUACUCGGAGGCCGGCAUCUCGGAGAUCGGCGCGGCGCUGGCGCUGCUGGUGAAGCACGGCGUGCUGGGGCUGGCGCUGCCGGCUGCGCUGCCCGCGCCGCUCUCCACCGCCUACUUCCCGCUGCCCGCGCAGGACUCGCCCGCCGUCUUCGGGCCCCUCGCGCAGGUGCAGCUCGGAAUACUCCGAAUGCUCGGAGCGAGUAAUUGGAGUACAUGGGCGCCGGCCCUGCCCGCCGCUCGAGCGGGCGGCGGGCGGCGGCAGCCCGGCCUCGCUCGCAACAGUGACGCGUCCGCAGGCGGCGCGCGCGGGGGCUCGUUAGAGCGUUUCGCGGAGGUUGCAUUCGAGGCGCUUCGCCCCCCAGCCGUGGCGCCCAUCUCGCUGUCCGGCGGCGUGGGGGGCGUGCCCGCCUUCCCCUCCGCCAGCCUGCUGCCGCUCUCCAAGAGCCCCACGCCAGCGGACGCGGGGGCUAAGGACUCGAAGAAUGUGGAAAUCGCAGAGGUCAUCGUCGGGGCUAUAUUAGGCCCCGGCGGGCGUAGCCUGGUGGAGAUCCAGCAGAUGUCGGGCGCGAACAUCCAGAUCUCGAAGAAGGGCACGUUCGCGCCGGGCACGCGCAACCGCAUCGUCACCAUCAGCGGCACGCAGACUGCCAUCGGCAACGCGCAGUACCUCAUCGAGCAGAAGAUCCAGGAGGAGGAGCUCAAGCGCACGCGCCACAACGCCAUCUCCGGCCUCCUGCAG